CACAUUCCACAUGUACGCUCGUUACGUGCCACCCAAGCCUACUGCGCUGGCCGCAGCUGACACCACCACCGUCUCGCACGACUCCGUCUCUUCGAAACCAAAGCAAAUCAAGGUGCCAAAGGGCCCCUCUCGAUCCNGACGACAAUGGCAGAAAAAGAGAAAGCGUGCAGAGAUAGACAACCCGCCCGCCGCCGACCAUGACAACGACCACGAUGCCCCCGCUAUUCCCAGCAAACACAGCGCCGUCUAUACCAAGUUUCAGAAGGCUGCCCAACGAUCCGAGGCUGCUAGGGCCGCUGCGCCCAGCGACCAUNAUCUGAUACCGCUGCCACAACCUGCUCGUGCCCCGACUCCCGACUUUGUGCCUUCCUUCUCCUCGCUGCCGCAAUGGCUCGCCCAACCGACCGUCGUUUCUCAGUCCACCAUCCGUCCUUUCAGCGACCUUUCCUUAUCCAAGAAGACCCUGGCCCACCUCGAAGCUAGGGGCUACACGACUGCCUUUGCCGUUCAAGCUGCUCUGCUUCCUCUUUUGCUGCCGCACCCCUAUCUGACCCAUCUCCCGCCGAAUGAUGUCUGUGUCAGUGCCCCGACCGGUAGCGGCAAGACUUUGGCAUAUGUGCUUCCCAUCGUCGAAAAUUUGCGCACAAGGCUCGAUACGAAACUGCGCGCCGUCAUUGUAGUACCUACUAGAGAGCUCGUCGCCCAGGCAUAUACUGUCGCCUCCACUUGCGCCCAAGGUUCCGCCAUACAGAUCGCCCUAGCCGUCGGCAACCAAUCUGUCGCUGCCGAACAGGACUUGUUGGUCAAGAGGGGUCGAGCAUACGACCCUGAACGCCAUCGUUCGCUUAUGGACAAGGCCAGAAAACGGCAGUGCUUUGAGCUAGAUUCGGAUCUGACCGACAUCGAGGCUACUAUGCUCGACGACGUCGUUCGCCUCCCCAUUGGCUAUAUCCCCACCUACAGCUCGGCCGCUGACCUCCUUAUUUGCACCCCAGGUCGCCUGGUCGAACACUUGACUGCCACUGCUGGCUUUACUCUGGACCACGUCGAGUGGUUGAUCGUCGACGAGGCAGAUCGUCUGUUGGACCAAAGCUUCCAAGAAUGGGUGGCAAAGGUGACCGCCGCCUUGGAUGUCCAGAAACCUCUUUCUACACCGAACCCCGAGACCGCUGCUCUACGCCAUCUUAUGCCACGUCGCGACAGAUAUGUUAGAAAGGUCAUCCUAAGUGCUACCAUGACUCGAGACAUAUCCAAGUUGAGUGCUCUCAAACUAAGACGACCUACUAUGGUCGUAGUCAAGACAGAAGCUGAGACCACUCUCAAUCAUGAGGCGACCACGGCAGAGGGUGCAGACGGCUUUGAAUUGCCCACCACUCUCUCAGAAUUUGCCAUUCCUGUUGGUGAUGGUUCUGAUAAGCCGCUCUUUCUGCUCGAACUUCUCAGAUCCAAGAUUUUCUUAAGCUCGACCCCCAACACGAAGAAAAUCGAGGACGAUAGCUCGUCGAUGAAUUCAUCUGAUACCGAUUCGUCUUCUGAUGAUGACUCAUCUUCCGAUGACGAAAGCGAGUCAUCGAGUGAUUCUUCGGAUGACGAUGUUGACGAAAGUUCUGAUGAUAGCAGCAGCGACAGUGAGAGCGAGAGCGAAAGCGAAAGUAAGGUGUUAUCAACCUCAAUUGUACCUAAACAACCAACAGGCUUGGCUUCGAAACCGACGGGAAGCAAUAUGGUUCUGAUCUUCACACCUAGCACCGAGGCAGCAGCCCGUCUACACCAUCUAGUCACGCACAUCGAACCAUCCUACAAGACUGCCACACUUCUCCUCACUAAAGCAUCUACGAACCUCAACUUCAACACCUCGUCUCCUCCGCGUAUCAUAAUCUCGACCGAUCGUGCUUCUCGCGGUCUUGACCUGCCGUUGCUGACGCACGUCAUAAACUACACCAUUCCGCGUAGUCUGGCAUCCUAUGUGCACCGCGUGGGUCGUACAGCGAGAGCGGGACGAAGUGGUGAGGCUUGGACACUAUUCGCCGAGAAUGAAGGUCGCUGGUUUUGGAACGAGAUUGCGAGAGCCAAGGGUAUAGGCAGAAGCACGAAGGUCGAAAGGACGAACCUGAAACUCGCUGCUGAACAGCAAGAGGGUGGAGAGAUGCGCGACAGAUACGUCGAUGCGCUUGAAGGUAUGAAGGAGAUUGUGACCAACAAGAACGUGAAGCCUAGAAAAGGCAAGAGCAGGAAGGACGACGAUGUGGACAUGACUGGU